AUGUCGUGGGGCAAGUCCAAACUUUCCAGACGGCUGCCACACGUGCGGGGAGAGUCGCGCCGUCUCCUCCCUCCUAUUCUGGCCUCAAAGAGCAGCUAUGUGAUGAAUACAAUUCUCAUCCAAGGAUCACCGAAAUUAAUUCUUCUACCGACCGUAGCAGAUUCAGUCAAGCCCCAGAUCAGGAGAAGAAGAUGCAAGAAAUGUGAGAAGAGUAAGGGAUUUGCUGAAAAUGGAAAAAGCAAGAACUGCAGCCAGAGCAGAGCGUCUCCUGACGAAAUCAGGAGACUUAGCAGUUAUACUGGAUACCUGCAGUUCACGGGUAUUAAAGAAGGGUGGCCUCUGACCCCCCGCCUCAUAAUUCACCGCAAGCAUGCAGGUAUCCGCUAUAAGCGGCCAUCAUUUCACACGCGCAAGCCUCCUUUCCCUCAAGCAAGCACCUCCAUCCAGUGCAGCACACGCAAGGCAGGAAGGAAAGUGGCUGAAGACCACGUCUGCCCAAGGACUCCCUGCGUGGUUCCCGAGGCGCUCGGAGACCGUGCCCAGCUCACCAGGCCGGGGCCGAACAGCUUGCUUUUCUACGCGUCUGUCCGUGAAAGCGAAGGGGCACGACCAGCCAAAGGCUGUUUCUUACCGUUUUACGCUUUCAAAAGCUUGGCCUUUUUGUUGCGCUCAUAUUUGUAUCACUUUUGUUUUCUUCACAAAAACGUCCAGGUGUUCUUUGACGUGAAGAUUGGAGACAGAGAUGUUGGCAGAAUUGUAAUUGGAUUGUUUGGAAAAGUUGUCCCAAAGACAGUGGAGAACUUCAUUGUGCUGGCAACUGGAGAAAGAGGAUAUGGAUACAAAGGAAGUAAAUUUCAUCGUGUCAUCAAAGACUUCAUGAUUCAAGGAGGGGACUUUACAGUUGGAGAUGGAUCAGGAGGAAGGAGCAUCUAUGGCAAAAAAUUUCCAGAUGAGAACUUUAAACUCAAACACUAUGGAAUUGGAUGGGUUAGUAUGGCUAAUUCUGGCCCAGAUACUAAUGGAUCCCAGUUCUUCAUCAGUGUGACAAAGCCUUCCUGGUUAGAUGGAAAACAUGUGGUAUUUGGCAAAGUCCUUGAUGGAAUGUCUGUAGUGCACUCGAUAGAGCUUCAGCAGACAGAUGAACACGAUCGCCCUCUUCAAGACUGCGUGAUAGUGAACAGUGGCAAAAUAGCUGUAAAGGAACCAUUUGUAGUUGAAGUAGGUGACUGGUGAGACCAACAACCACAAUGGGAAAUAAAAUGUAAUCAUUUUUCUUU